AUGACACAAACAAUAUCACAACAAAAUAAACCAUCAUUUACGUUAAAUUGUAAAGAAGAAGAAGAGAGCUGGGAUGAUAUAGAAUUUCCUGAUUCUGGAUUAUUUUAUACUAAUAAUAAUGAAAAAGAUUAUGGAUUAUCAACAACGACAAGAGAUAUGUCCGGAAUAACGAUACAUGAUUCUUCAGAUGAUGAUUCUUCGGAAGUUAAAGAAAUGAUGAUUAAUAGAGGAGUAGUGGCAACAAAUGAUAAAGAUGAAUUCAGUGGAUUGAUUACUAGACUUGUGGGAAAAAAUAAUAAAGUAUUAAUCGGAGAUGAUUGGGAUAAUGAUAUGGAAAUACCUGAAGAUGGAUUUGCAAAUUUAACAAUUACUAGUAAUAAUAAUAUUGGCGGUAAAAGGAGUAAAUCUAGAUGCUCCUCUAUUACCGUUACGAGUUGUAACAAUAUUACUAAUAAGGAUUAUUAUGAUUUUGAUAGUUGGAAUGAAGAAGAGGAGGAUGAUGAUAAGAAGAUUGUUAAUGACAAUGAUUUUAUUACUUCACCGAGACAAUUAGUGAUAAAACGAAUCGAAGAUCCUUCUAAAGUAUUUUCUACAUCCAAGGAUACAAAGGGUAAAUCGGUAGAAAGUUUCGAUGAUGACUUUGAUUUUUCCGAGGUGGAUUUAAAUAGAUUGAAUUUAUCCGCUGAAAUGUUAAAAUUUUAUCAAGAAUCUGAUCAUGAAGUAAUUGAUAAGGAUCCAUUUGGUUCGGAAAAACUCUCUUCAAGAAAUUCAUCGCGUCUUUCUAUAUUACCAAGUCCAGCACCAACAAAUAGUUCACAAAGCGCUUUCGAAAGCGGUGAAGAAGAAGAAUUGUUUGACGAUUUACAAUUUCCUGAACAUAUGGAUUCUUUAACUUUCGCUUUUGCUCCUGAUAAGUUAAAAAAUAAAAAUAUAAUUACCCGUCCUAGUACUACACAAUCAAAACGAACGCGGCGUGAAUCAUUCACAAUUGAAUUUGCUCCUUCUCAAAUUAUCAACAAUCUAUCCGAAAGUGAUCAUUUAACUGCAACACAGGAACUUCGUACUCCAGAUAUAACAUCAAGAGAAGAAUUAUUAUAUUGUAAAGGUUCUUCUUCUGAAUCCACUGUUUCUAUUACUUCUACUCUUUCGAAGGAUAGUCGACCUUCUACUCCAUUACCAUCAAAGACUGCAGAAGCAUCUACUAGAAGACAUCCUUCUCCAAUUACUUUUGUCAAAAAUAAGAGCCCUAAUCUUACUGUUAAAGGUGUAAUACCACCUAAUAAUAAUAAUACUUCUCAAGUUAAAGCAAAGCGUUCAAUAAUCACCAAUACCACCAAUAGUACUAAUAAUAAAACGACAUCUAAGAAAACUGCUAUUGGUAAUACUACUUCUACAACUUCUAUUAAAACGAAAAGAUUUCAACAAAAUACUACCUUUAAUACUACAUCUACAUUGGUUGAUUCUAUAUUAGAAAUUAUGCGUAAGCCUAGAAGACAACAAAGUUUUGGUGAUGGAACUGAAUUGGAUGUUUUUGAUGAUUUACCAGUUAAUCUAGAUAGGGAGUGUUCAAGUAAUCCUACCAAUAAUAAUACGAAACAAGAUAGAAAGAAUAGUACUUCUUCUGCUGGUUCGAAUCACGAUAAUCUUCAUCAAGGACGAAAAAAGAAAAAUCGUAAAGGGAAAAAACCACAAUUAAUUAGGAACCUCAAUCUUGAUAAGAAUACAAAAGCUGUAGGUGAAAUGGUUUAUAAUCCGAUAACACAGCGUUGGGAUGGAAAUGAAUCUGUAUUAAAAGAAUUUGAUAAUGCUAAUUCUCCUACCCGUCCUGCUCUAAUUUCAAAUAUGAAUUAUCAUUCAACAAAUACAAAAUCUCUUCAACUCGUUGGUAAUAUGAAAUUUGAUCCAACAAAAAUGUGUUGGAAUAAUGAUUAUUCUGACGAUGACGCAAUUUGGGAUUCUGAUUCCGGAAAUGAUUCCAAAGAAAAAGAAGACAUUGACAGUGAUGAUUUUUGUAAUUUCAAUUCUCUUCAAGCAUUUAGUGAUAGUAAUGAUUUUCAAGUUGGCUCAGAAUUUGAUAUUACUCCUGGAUUUAAAGCUGCUUUGUUAGCUUCCGAGAGACAACAUCGUAAUGAAAUUUCUCGAUGGUACCCCGGUGCUUUAAGCAAGGAUAAUGAUUCUAGAUUUGGUUUGAGAGAUGUUACAUUGCAAAGGAGUUAUCUUUAUGAAUUAAGGAAUAAUAAACCGUCGUCUGCGCAUAGGUUGUUCAAAGGUCAUAAACGAGGAAACGAGAAAUAUGUAACAUGUCUCAUUCAAUGA